AAAAGUAUUUAAUAAUACAUAGGAUCCAACCCAGCCCAAUUAAAUCGAAAGCCCCUGGGUGUUUCUUCUGGCAGUGGCGGAAGUGUGAAAGUGGAACCACUAACUUAACUUGAUUGAAUUGGAAGAUGAGGCUUUGACUGAUUGGUUGAUUGACUGUGUCUGCGCGUCACUGAAGAGGAAACUGGAAUGGGUUGCUUUUCUUGUUUCGAUUCGAGGGAAGACGAGAAGCUGAAUCCCAACCCUCACCAGGAAAACCAUCAUCAUCUUCAUCAUCAUCACGAUCAUGAUCUUAAUCCCCCUAUCCCCUCUCGUAUUUCCAGACUGCCCUCUGCCUCUGCCGGAGCAGACAAGCUACGCUCAUCUAGCAAUGGCAAUGGUAACAAUGGUGACUCCAAAAGGGAAUUGGCUGCUCUCAAGGACGGACCUGCUGUACAAAUUGCCGCACAGACUUUCACUUUCCGUGAACUGGCAGCCGCCACCAAAAAUUUCAGGCCCCAAUCCUUUUUGGGGGAAGGUGGUUUCGGAAGGGUUUACAAGGGCCGCCUUGAAACCACUGGUCAGGCUGUGGCUGUUAAACAGUUAGACAGAAACGGUCUUCAGGGCAACCGGGAAUUCCUCGUGGAGGUUCUCAUGCUCAGUCUUCUACACCACCCUAAUCUUGUCAAUCUCAUUGGAUACUGUGCGGACGGGGACCAACGCCUCUUAGUUUAUGAGUUUAUGCCAUUGGGAUCAUUGGAAGACCACCUUCAUGAUCUUCCCCCGGAGAAGGAACCAUUGGAUUGGAACACUAGGAUGAAAAUAGCUGCUGGGGCAGCAAAAGGAUUGGAAUACCUUCACGACAAGGCAAAUCCUCCUGUCAUUUAUAGAGAUUUCAAAUCGUCUAAUAUAUUACUUGACGAAGAUUAUCAUCCAAAGCUUUCAGACUUUGGGCUUGCAAAGCUCGGACCAGUUGGUGACAAAUCACACGUGUCCACCCGUGUCAUGGGAACUUAUGGCUAUUGUGCCCCAGAAUAUGCUAUGACUGGACAGCUGACUGUGAAGUCUGAUGUAUAUAGUUUUGGGGUAGUCUUCUUGGAGCUGAUUACUGGGCGUAAAGCCAUUGACAGCACUCGACCCCAUGGAGAACAAAACCUUGUCACAUGGGCACGUCCACUGUUCAAUGACCGCAGAAAGUUUCCAAAGUUAGCAGAUCCAGAGCUACAUGGACGGUAUCCCAUGCGGGGUCUUUACCAAGCUCUAGCAGUGGCAUCAAUGUGCAUUCAGGAACAGGCCGCAGCGCGUCCUCUCAUUGGGGAUGUGGUGACAGCCCUUUCUUUUCUAGCGAACCAGGCAUAUGACCAUAAGGGAGGUGGUGAUGAUAAAAGGAACAGAGAUGAUCAGGGUGGAAGAAUAUUGAAAAAUGACCAAGGUGGAGGAUCUGGAAGGAGAUGGGAUUUGGAAGGGUGUGAGAAAGAUGAGUCCCCACGUGAAACUGCAAGGAUGUUAAACAACAGGGAUCUUGAUAGAGAACGUGCGGUGGCUGAAGCAAAGAUGUGGGGAGAGAAUUGGAGAGAGAAAAGACGACAAAGUGCGCAGGGCAGUUUUGAUGGUUCUAACGCCUAGGCUCUCUUCACAUUGUACUAUUCACAUCACCCUCUUCUGUGUCGCUUGGCUAAGCAUGCCCACGCAAUGCCAGCCACUGAAAGCCAUUCACCGGAUUCUACUCCUUUUAGAAUCUGUUUUGCGGCCAUUCCUUACCGUCCAUGCCUCCGACCAAAAUCUUUCCGAAAUCACUUAGCUUUCUUUUAUGUAUCUUUCAUUUACCUCCUGCUCACGAAUACAUUGGAGUUGGACUUGGAAAGUGUAUAUUAUUUGUUACAAGUAGGAGGUUAAGGUAUUUUUGAUAAUGGUGCAAGGACAGAAAUGUUUUUUCCAACUCAUUUACUCUUUCUUAGCUAAAAUACGAGAAUCCAAGUUUCCCUCUUA